AUGCUCCUUGCUCCUGGCUUCGUGACCACUCCAGGGGUGCCCAGGGCCCUGGAACAAAGGAGUGCCGCUGCUGCCCCUCAGAUCGCCGGCGCUCAAAGCCAAAGUGCACCUUGGGGCAAGGCCGCACUGGCCACUGGGCUUUUGCUUGGCUCCGUGCAGAUGUCGGGGCGAAGGCAGGCCCGAAAGGCCCGGGCCAGAGUUGCUGCUUCAGCGGCGAAGGUCGACACGGUCGGCAUCAUUGGUUGCUCCGGUGCUGUGGGAAAGGAGAUGCUGGAAUGCCUGGAGAAUCGAAAAUUCCCCACGGACAAAGUAAGGCUUUUCGGCAACAGCUCCGCGGGAACAAAGGUUUCUUCCUCUUCCUUUGGCGAGAUUACGGUGGAGAAGUUUUCACUUGAAGCCGCGCAAGAGUGUGAGAUCUGUCUCAUGGCCGUGUCGGGCGACUUCUCUCUGGAAUGGGGGCCUAAGAUUGCUGGUGGACCCAAGAACACGCAGGUCAUUGACAACUCAUCUGCAUGGAGGUACGACAAGGACAAGCCACUGGUAAUUCCGGAGAUCAACGGAAAGGGCCAGGUGGAUGCACCACUCAUAGCCAACCCGAACUGCACAACCGCGGUGGGUGCCAUGGCGCUGUGGCCCAUCCAUCAGAAGUACAAGCUGAAAAAGGUGCUGAUGUCAACCUAUCAAGCGGCCAGCGGUGCCGGAGCUCCUGGCAUGGCCGAGCUGGAGGAUGGCCUCGCGACCUGGGUGAAGGAUGGAGCUGUACCGGAGCCUAAGUUCUUUGCCCACCAGUUGCCCUUCAACGUCAUUCCCCAGAUCGACAAGUUCCAAGAGAACGGCUACACCAAGGAAGAGAUGAAGGUCACUUGGGAGCUGCAGAAGAUCUUCGGCUUGGACGACGAUGUGAAAGUUUCCUGCACUGCCGUUCGAGUCCCGACGCUCAGGGCACACUCCGAGACCAUCGUCGUGGAGACCGAGGAGCCCAUUUCGCCUGAUGAUGUGCGCAAGCUGCUCGAGUCUUCUGAGGGUGUGAAGGUCGUAGAUGACCCGGAGGCCUUGAAGUACCCCAUGCCACUGAACGCAACUGGCCACUACGAUGUGGAAGUCGGCCGAAUCCGGCAGAGCAUCGUAUUUGGGGACCACGGCAUUGAGUUCUUCGUUUCUGGUGACCAACUCCUCCGAGGAGCAGCGCUGAAUGCGGUCAUCAUUGCUGAGGACGCAGUCAAAGCGCAUGCGCUCUACGCCGACAUCUCCGAAUCCUCUGCAGCUGCUUCGAAAUGGGACCCUCUACAGCGGCCGAAGCCGAAUGCCGAGGCUGAUAUCAGCCAAGCCUCACGUGAACAAGAUGUGGGAACGGCCACGUACACGACCAAAGGGCCCACCCCAGACGAAGACCAAAGUCUGAAGCUGAACCGCUCACAGGAGGCAGCCCUUCGGCUGGUUCUUGAAAGGCGCCGGCGAUUCAGUCUUGUCCAGGGACCACCAGGCACCGGCAAGACAACGACUGCAGUGUCCAUCAUCUGUGGGUGGCUGAGGACGCGAAGAGGCCCAGUUUUGGCAAGCGCUUUCAGCAACCGCGGGACAGACAACUUGGCGGAGGUGUUGCACAACCUGGGAGUGCGGGUUUUGAGGGUGGGCCUGUGUCCCCAAGACCGACCAUACUCGUUCGAGACGCGCCUGCGGGAGUGUGGCAAGCAGCGCGGUGAUGCAGGAAUGCGCCAUGUCAUGGAAACUAUAGAUGCCGACGCCACCAAGCAGUUUGCUUCCGGUGUAGACUCCGAAGACCUGUGCACUGGGCAGCUGGACUUGGUAGCCGAUCUUCAGAGCGAUGAUGACAAGCCAGAGCCAGAAUUCCAUUGGAUAGAGUCUUGGCAAGGAGUCGAAGUGGGAUUUCAGAAUAUUUCAGAGAGGGCGCAGAGCGGGAGAGAAGUGAGAAGGGAUCAGGUUUCGAGUUCGGGAUGA